AUGUGCGCGCAUGUAGACUUUCUGCUGGAGAUGUUUUGCGAAACUUUAAGGAUGAUAUACCUUGGAUGUUUCCUGUUGCUCUGUUGGCUCACGCAUGUCAUGGCAAGUUAUCCCAUCUGGUGGUCACUAGCAGUGGGCCACCAGUAUUCAUCACUGGGUACUCAACCCAUCCUCUGUGGCAGCAUCCCAGGUCUGGUGCCCAAACAGCUGCGUUUCUGUCGGAACUACGUGGAAAUCAUGCCCAGCGUGGCAGAAGGGGUGAAGAUUGGCAUCCAGGAAUGCCAGCAUCAGUUUAGAGGCCGACGCUGGAACUGCACCACGGUCAAUGACAACCUGGCCAUUUUUGGACCAGUGUUAGAUAAAGCCACUCGUGAGUCAGCAUUUGUUCACGCCAUUGCUUCUGCUGGAGUGGCGUUUGCAGUGACCCGUGCCUGCGCUGAGGGUUCAGCCACCAUCUGUGGAUGCGACACACGCCACAAGGGCCCCCCUGGUGAGGGAUGGAAGUGGGGAGGCUGCAGUGAGGAUGUGGAGUUUGGGAGCAUGGUGUCCAGGGAGUUUGCAGAUGCGAGAGAGAAUCGCCCCGAUGCACGCUCAGCUAUGAAUCGCCACAACAAUGAGGCCGGAAGAAUGUCCCUAAAUGACAACAUGUUCCUGAAAUGUAAGUGCCACGGUCUCUCUGGCAGCUGUGAGGUCAAGACAUGCUGGUGGUCUCAGCCUGACUUUCGAGUUAUCGGUGACUACAUGAAGGAUAAGUAUGACAGCGCUUCAGAGAUGGUGGUGGAGAAACACAGAGAGUCCCGCGGGUGGGUGGAAACUUUGAGACCCAAGUACAACUACUUCAAACCCCCCACAGAGCGAGACCUGGUUUAUUACGAAAGCUCGCCUAAUUUCUGUGACCCCAAUCCUGAAACUGGUUCAUUUGGCACCCGCGAUCGAGUUUGCAACCUGACGUCCCACGGCAUCGAUGGGUGUGACCUCCUUUGCUGUGGCAGAGGUCACAACACCCGGACUGAGAAGAGAAAGGAGAAAUGUCACUGUAUUUUCCACUGGUGCUGCUACGUCAGCUGUCAGGAGUGUGUAAGAGUGUAUGAUGUGCACACCUGCAAAUAGAGACAUCCAGCAGUCUCGUUUUUUAUUCACCAAAAUCUAAAGACUUCAGCAAGCGAAGAAACAAGACAUGAGAGACUAUAAACCUGUCUGAUCUGUCAACGGACUCAGCCAGUGACAGACACUUUGUUUUAUUGCGCUUUGAUGCUAAAAAGAGCCUGUUUCUGCCUUAAUCAACUGGAAAAGUUUACUGGUUAUUGAUAUGGAUGACCCAUAAUCAUGGUGAUGAUGACAAUAAUGUUAAUAUCCCUAGUGAUGAUGACAGACUUUUUAUGUACUGACAUAGGAAAGAAGAACUGUUGGCUAAUAGACAAACACCAUAUUGGUGAUUUUUUUUCCCUAUGUUCCAGGUAGUUACAUUGAGAAUAGUACAGCACUGCCAACUUCUUCAAGUCUCUACAAUAAUGUCACAUUUUUUUCAACAUUCGACCACCUUUUCAACACAACUUGUUUCGCUACAAAAGGUGAAAAAGCAAUUCCUAUAAUCAGCCACUCAACA